CGGAGCUGUGAGGAGAGCCAUGGAUCAGGCGGCCAAGGUUUUACAGCUCUUUAAAACACUGCACAGGACCAGACAACAAGUUUUUAAAAAUGAUGCUAGGGCACUAGAAGCAGCCAGAAUAAAGAUAAAUGAAGAAUUCAAAUGUAAUAAAAGUGAAACUUCUCCUAAGAAAAUAGAAGAGCUAACAAAAAUAGGUUCUGAUGUUGAACUGAUACUCAGAACAUCUGUUAUACAAGGUAUUCACACAGACCACAAUACACUGAAAAUGGUCCCUAGGAAAGACCUUCUUAUAGAAAAUGUGCCAUAUUGUGAUGCACCAACUCAGAAGCAAUGAA